UAAACAUGCAACUGCAUUUUUUCUUCAAGCCAAGGAAACCCAUCGACUGACACAGAGAGCUGUUAACCACAUCGUGAGUGGAGUCCAGCAAUAUCAGGCCGUAUUAUUGGAGCACCUAAAACAAGAAAUGAGUGACAUGAUUGAGAGACAUUCUGGGGACCUGGAUCAACUAAAGAGUGACGCAAUGGGGGUAUUUGACCAGUUUGUUGGCCCUUUCACUCAAAUUGCUUCCACCCAUUUGCAGGAGAAGACCAUCAAAGAACUGUUAAAACCAGUUGAACCAGAGAUUAUUGUCACAAAACUAACAGUCUGUUAUUCGAAGCGUGGAGACUCAAGAGUUCUUGCCAUUAAGGACCAUUGUUUUCAUUACAUACCGUUGGUGAAACGUUUGGAGCAGCUGCUAUCACAUCCAAGAAUCCUUGCAAUGAUUGAUGAGAGGCCAAAGCCAUGCAAGGAUGGCCAAGUUGUCACUGCAAGUGGUGAGAGGACAAUUCAUGGGGCACUCAUAUCUGUGUGUGGAGACACUCUAGCUCAGCAUGAAGUGGCUGGAUUUAAGGAAGGAGUGGGUUUUGCCUACAGUAAAUACAGGCACUGCGACUGCCACUUUGAAGACAUGCAGGAAAAAUUUAAUGAAGAUUUGUUUGUUAAAAGGACCAUGGCCAGUCAUAACAGGCAAUGUAAUGACAUUGAGAAGGGCAAAUGAACUUAGAUUCAUUCAAUAGUGCAAUUCUGUGUUUCUCUUAUUCUCCUGUUGAUGUGAGGGAUAAGCCUUGCCCCAUAUCUGUCAGUACGCUGUCAUCAAAUGACAAUAAAUUGAAACAGUCAGCUGGGCAGAUGCUGGUUUUCUUAAAGAUCCUUCCAUUUCUUAUGGACAAAAUUGGAGAAAAUCAUUACACACAAAUGCUACGUAACAUGUUAGAGAUCAUAAAAAUUCUGUUUUCACCUAUUAUUGCUGUCUCAACUCUCUCCAGACUGAAGCUUUUAAUAGAGCUGCAUUUAAAACAUUUCAAACAACUGUUUCCAGAUGAAAAUGUUAUACCUAAACAGCAUUAUUUACUGCAUCUUCCUUCUCAGAUUAAGGCUCUUGGUCCUACAGUGAGGCAUAUGUGUAUGCGCUUUGAGUCAAAACAUUGUUUCUUCAAGCAGUGGGCUCUGAAAAGUAGUUUUAAGAAUAUUUGUAAAUCUCUUGUGAAGCACAACCAACUUUAUGAAUGUAGUCAGAACGUGCAUGAGAAACAUCCCAUUUUUUCAAGUGAAGUCGACAUGGGUCCAGCCUCUGAGGUGAAAAAUGUUCAUUAUGUAGAAGGCAAGAUUAAAGACUUCAUUGAGCAAGUUGAACAUGUGGUUUCUGUACAGUGGAUUAUGCUACAUGGAAAUAAGCAUUCAUGUGAAAAAUCUUUGGUUAUUUCUGAUGUCAUAAAUGAUGCUCCAGAGUUUGCACUUGUUAAAAACAUCUAUAUUGUAAAUGCAUCUGUGUAUUGUUUUGAAUGCCAGCCUCUCUCUACAGUUGGGUGGAAUGAUCAAUAUUUAGCUUAUGAGGUAGAAGUUCCCUGUCUAGCUCAGGCAAAUAUUUUUUUGGAUGCUGGAAAUCUUCUUGAUUAUACAGCAUACCACUAUGUAAACUUUAAUAACAGCAAGUACAUUCCAGUGAAGUAUGAUCUCACUGACAUCAUCAAACAUCAUUCUUGAGUCUUUUGUGAAUAUGUGGGCUGAAAUAAUGUUUUUAAACACUGGCAAAAAAU